AUGAUUAGAUCCAGACCUAUAAUUUCAAGAUGUAUACGAUCAUACUCAACAACUUCAACUUCUAGCUCCAAUUCAACUGCACCACCCCCUUCAACAAGACCACCACCAAAGCAAAGAGAACAAGUUACUCAACGACAAAAGAUUGAAUUAGCACAACAAGGUUUAAAAGAUAUAUUUGAUGGGUUUUUAACAACCGAGGAAACUUUCGAACCGAUUGAUACAAAGCCAAUUUUGGCAAAUCCUAAAUCAUAUGAUACAUUAACGGAUUUCCAUAGAAAUCAAGUAUUUGAAGAAGUUGAUAAAAAAUUACGUAGGAAUUGGAAUGAUGUAUCACAAGAUAUUAAAAGAAUGGCAUAUUAUAUAUCAUAUGGUAAUUAUGGACCAAGACAUGAUUUGAAGAAUAAUUUAUUCAGGGAUGUUGUACCGGAGGAUUUACCAUUUAAUACACCAUCUAUUGCAAAGAUUGGUAAAGUUGGUGAUAAAGUUAAACAAUUACCACCUGUUGAUCUUGAACAAAUUAAUGCACAAAGGAAAGAAAAUUGGAAUAGAAUGACAAGAAGAUUAGACCCUUUCACUAAAUUUAUUGUUUAUUUAGCUGCUUUUAUAAGUUUAGGUGCAUUAUAUAGAGAUAAAUUUGUGGAAGAUUCAAAAGUUGAAGUUCCAGAGAAUUCAUUAGUUUUAGCAGAUAUCCAACGUGAAUUAGAAUCACAAGCCAAAAAAGAGGAAAAAGAGCUUAAUGCAAUGAAAGAAUUGAAGAAAGAUGGUAAGAAAUGGUACUACUUGUGGUUGAAAUAA